UCUACGCGCCAUUUGCAGUGAACAGUGAACUUUCGUAUUUCUGAUAUAUACAUAUAUAAUUUUAUUGAUCAGAUAUUCAGAUUCUGCUGCGAGUUGGCGCCUGAGAUAGAGAGUCUAGAUGUCAAUGAUGGAUUCCUUCUUCAACAAAGGGUUUAAAGCAGCCCAAUGUAAAACCUUAUUGAAACUGGCGAUUCCUCGAAUUAAGCUUCUAAGGAACCGGAGAGAGAUUCAGAUGAAGCAGAUACGCAGAGAAAUAGCAAAACUCCUUGAAACUGGUCAAGAAGCUACGGCUCGGAUUCGGGUAGAGCAUAUUAUAAGAGAAGAGAAAAUGAUGGCUGCCCAGGAGAUAAUUGAAUUAUUUUGUGAACUUAUAUCCACUCGUAUUCCAAUCAUUGAGGCUCAGAGGGAAUGCCCUCUGGAUUUGAAAGAAGCGAUUUCCAGUAUAUGUUUUGCUGCACCGAGAUGUGCAGAUGUUACAGAGUUGAUGCAAGUUCGAAUGUUGUUUGCUGGAAAAUACGGGAAAAAAUUUGUGGCUGCUGCUGCUGAACUGAUGCCCGACUGUGGUGUCAAUCGCCAGUUAAUAGCGCUAUUAUCUGCUCGAGCUCCUGGCCCCGAUGUGAAACUCAAGCUGCUAAAGGAAAUUGCUUUGGAACAUGAACUAGAGUGGGAUCCAAGUGCUUCUGAAACUGAAUUGUCGAAACCUCGUGAAGAUCUACUUAACGGACCAACGCAAUUUGUCAGUGGGUACAAGCUUCCACUUCCCGAGACAAAAUGUGACGAGUCAAUAAUGUACUCUGCGUCUUCUUCUGUUUCGAAAGAAGUCCCUGGUAAACAGUCCGAACCUGAUGAUGAGUUCGAGUUUUUAGAUCCUCCAGAAGUCCGAGAAGUGGGAAAAAAUCCUGGAGGUAAUGAAAUAGCAUCAAAUAAACCAAAAAUGGAGUAUGGGGAAGUUUUGCUGGGAAAAUCUGUUACCGAGUGUCAGAAGGAAGGCGAAAAGUUCUUGCCAUUCAUGUUUCCCCCACCGAAAUCUUCUUUGGAGCAAAGUAAUCCACCGAAAUCCAUUUCAGAAGCCCAAAUGGAAACCAUUGUAGAUUUGCAGGAUGUUUUUGCUGCUGCUCAGGCGGCUGCUGAGAGUGCCGAAUCUGCAGCUGCAGCUGCUCGCUCUGCAGCUAGCCUGGCGCAACUCCGAAUUAGCGAACUUACAAAGAAACAGAACGACGAGGUUCCAGUAAGCCCUGAUGAGAACCCAUUCCACGCGGAUACACAGAAGGCUGACCAUCUAGAAAACCCAUUCUGUAACUCUGCAUCCUUCUUAUGAUGAUGCAUCGACAGGAUCAUAUUCUCGGUCAGGAUCACAAGUAUCACGAGCUUCAGAGAGUACCUUCCAUUGACGACGAAUCACACUUCUCAUACCCCAACUAGUUUACAUCACAGGGCUCAGGUGAGUAGUGAUGUGGACGUUUUCGGAUUUUUUUGUCUGCCAUGAAUUCAUUCAUUUGUACUAGAAUAAACACAAAAGGGCAUCCAUCAAUUUCAUUAGUUUGGUACAUCCUAUCCAAGAACUGAAUGAUCGAUAAAAACCAUGUUUCUACCUACUCCACACAUGCUUUCUUGGCUAUCCUAAACACUCAUUAUUAUCCUGAUGUUGGGUUUGUUUCUCAACGUUGUUGUCUGAAAUAAAAUAGUACCAAGUAGCUGGAAAGAAAGGGAUUGUUGGUUACAUGAAA